GCCCUCGACAGCCAAAUGGCUGCGGGCCGCCCGACUCCGUCAGAGGCGGAGGCGGGCAGCGAGGCGGGCAGCAUGGCCUCGAGCUUCUGGAUGAACCGGCGGUCUCGCUUCCAGACCUACGAGGCGCUCAUGCAGGUUGUCCAGCAGAUGAUCCUAGCGGAGGAGGGCGACCGUGAGCCGCAGGCAGCCACAGUUCCUGUCCAGCUGAACCCGCGCCGCCUGCCCUGCACCUGCGGCGACGGAUGGUGUCUUGCACGGAUUGAUGAGAAGUUGUAA